AUGCCGACUCUGUGGAAGCGUAUCGUGUUCUCGGUAGGCUCCAUACUGAGUAUCGGCUCUGUGGUGCUCCUGGUUGUGGCGCUCUCCACCGAGCGCUGGAUCACUGCGACCGUCCUGUGUCAAACCGGGGUUGAUCUGGUGAACGCGUCGAAUCCGGAGCUUGAGCAGUUCACCGGAGAUAUUUACUACGGGCUCUUUCAAGGCGGCAAAACACGGAAAUGCGGCCUCGGCAGUCGUCGUUUCAAAAUCUACAUUUUCCCAAAACUGAUUAGAAAAAUCAACAGUGGUCUUCAUAUGAUCAUAAUCUUCUUCCUCUUCUUUGCUAUUGGCUUUGCACUGGUGAGUCUGGCCUUCUGCAUUUACAAUGCCAGAAAAGUGCCUUACCAGUCCAUCAAAGGACCAUUAGGCCUCUAUCUCUGGAACUUCAUAGCAGCUCUGUUCUGUUCUCUUGGCUUCGCCUGUUUCAUCGCAGCAGUUCGGUGUCAUCGAUUAACAGAGCGCGUAGCGAACUUUCAGGAAAAUCUGUUCACCCUUGUGGUUUUGGAAGAGAACCUGGGAUUCUCAUUUUGGCUCUGUGUUGCCAGCACUGCCUCGCACGGAGCCAAUAUUUUGGUAGUUGCUUCGAGCAAAAUUCAUCUACCCAAAAUACAGACCAAAAAACCAGAGGAGCCUACCGCAACAGGAGACGAUUUACUGUACUGA